GGGGUAGCCCGGGUGGUGAAGACUGUGAGUGGACGCGCUGGGAGCCCCUCGUGGACCCGAUCAAUGAGAACAUCCUUCAAGCUCAGAUUUGUGUUGAAGCAGGGGCUCUGAUCUGACCAGUUUCAUGUGCAUCUAAGGAGUUUCAUGUGCCCAGGGUGCCUCUGGGAGUCCCAGGACAUCUUCCCUCCACUGACCACCCUGUGGUCAGUGCCUCUCCCAUCAGAGUCACAACAUGGCAGCCACUGUCCUGCCCCCCACUUGUGCUCAGCCUCACCUGUACCCGGCCUCUCCCCAGAGAGGCGCCCUGUGGAGGGAGAGGCUGGCCAGCGAGGUCCUCCUGGACUGGACACGGGACCUAGUGACCUUCGAGGACGUGGCCGUGGAGUUCAGCCAGGAGGAGUGGGCCCUGCUGGACACUUGGCAGAGGACGCUGUACAGCGAGGUGAUGCUGGAGAACUGCCGCAACCUGGCCUCCCUGGGGUGCCACAUCCAUGCACCCAGCCUAACUGCCCAGCUGGAACACGAAGAGCAGGUGGGGACAGAAGAGGGUGGAAUUGUCCAGGACACCUGCGCAGAGCUGGAAUGUGAUCUUAUAGCCAAAUGGCUAAGUCCUGAAAAGCAUGCAUUUAGAAGACACCAGUCUAAACGUGGGAAAAUGGAGAGAAGCCAUGGCGGGGUAAAAGUCAACAAAUGCAGCCAGUGUUGUAAGGUGUUCAGCACCAAAUCCAACCUGACCCAGCACCAGCGAACCCAUACAGGCGAGAAGCCAUACGGCUGCGCCGAGUGUGGCAAGGCCUUCAGCAGCCGCUCGUACCUGACCAUCCACCGGCGGAUCCACAACGGGGAGAAGCCAUUCGCCUGCCGCCACUGCAGCAAGGCCUUCAGCAACCCAUCCUCGCUGCGGCUGCACGUGCGCAUCCACACCGGGGAGAAGCCCUACGCCUGUGGCCAGUGCUCCCACGUCUUCCGCACCAGCUGCAACCUCAAGAGUCACACACGCACGCACGGCGGCGAGAGCCACCACAAGUGCCGCCAGUGUGGCAAGGCCUUCAGCACCCGGUCCUCGCUGACCGGCCACCGCAGCGUGCACACCGGCGAGAAGCCCUUCGCCUGCGGCCUCUGCGGCAAGGCCUUCCGCAAGAGCUCGUACCUGACGCAGCACGCGCGCACGCACACCGGCGAGAAGCCCUACACAUGCGCACAUUGUGGCAAGGCCUUCAGCAGCAGCUUCUCCCUGACGGUGCACAAGCGCACGCAUACCGGGGAGAAGCCCUACACAUGUGCCGACUGCGGCAAGGCCUUCAACAACCUCUCAGCCGUCAAGAAGCACGUGCGCACACACACGGGGGAGAAGCCCUACGCAUGCACGCACUGCGGCAAGGCCUUUACCAGCAACUCCUACCUUUCUGUGCACCAGCAGCUGCACAGCCGGUGGACCUGACGCCCAACCUCCUUUCCGGGUAGAGGCGUGGACCGUCCACCCCCGCUUCCCCCACGCUGGGUGCAGGCACUCCCAGAGGCCACUGAGGAAGUCGCCGCCGUAUCCUUCAGUUCACAGCGCCAUCUCUGCACUGUCUCCGCAAAGGCCAGUCCUGACGCUGCCGGAGGCCACCCAGACAAGGGCAAAGGAUGCAGCAAGUACCCAGAAGCUCCGGGAAACGCGGUGUCAUUGCGAUGUCAAGCCCCCAGCCAGCCUUCUGCUUCCAGGAAACGUGCAGUGAACAUGAUGACGUCAUCCCUUAGCCAGACACCUCCUGCAUCCGGGAAACUUGUGAAGGUGAUGACGUCAAGCCCUCAGCCAACCACCUUCUGCAUCCGGGAAAAGUGUGGUGAACAUGAUGGCGUCAAUCUCUCAGCCAGCCUCCUCCUCUUAGCCCAUUAGAAGCGCCCUCCAUUCCCUCGGAGAGACCUUGCGUCAUCUCUACGCACAGCGUCAUCUCCAGAUCACCGUGAUGCGCACAGAUGACAUGGCAUAGGGAACCCUGGGACCCAAAGGACAGCGGGAGAGCCUUCGGGACUGGGCCGGAGCCAGAUGGCAGCCUACCCUACACAGGGGCUCUGGACACCGGCGGCCCCCAGGGGAGGAGCAGCCCCGUCCACCUCCUGCACCAUGACUCUGAAGGAACAACAGGAAGUCCUCCCUCCAAGGAAGUGUUCCCUCUGCUUACAGAGAUACCGAGAGACGUUCUGGAGAAGAAGCUCCCAAAGCCUCCCAUUGCCACCAUCAGCGGGAAAUUUGGGAAGGUCGAAACAAGGAAAGGCUUGCGGGAUGCUCUUUAACAUUGGAGAAAGUAGGAACGUUCUACUGGAGGCCAAACCCCCAACUGUGCUCAUGGGGGGCAUUUUCCUGCAUGAGGCUGUACGCAGGCCGGGGAGCAGCCUCAGAAUGAGGUCUGUGUCAGGGGGCUUCUGCCUCGCCCUUAAAGUGAGUGAUGGUGGGUGGAGUAAGUAAGUGGGAGUGGAGUGAUCUCCAUCACCUUCCUUCCGCAGGUUGAACCGCUGGAGCACCAGCUUCUACUCUUUGUUUUUGUGAAAACAUUUAUGUCCAUGUCAUCUCCCCAAAGUAAGCCUCAUGUUAACAUCUCCAUAGUUUUAUGGCAAUCUAUUUAUGAUUUUCUCUGAAGAGCAGUAAAAUGGUCAUCAGAGUUCACUAAGAUGAACUCAGCAUGGUAACACAUGCCUAUAAUCCCAUCCCUUAGGAGGCUGAGGCAGGAGGAUCAAAAGUUUGAGGGCAGCCUUUGCUGUUACAGAGCAAGACCUUGCCUCAGGAAGCCAAAUUAAUGCUAACAACUUGCUCUUUAAACUGUCGAUAAACGCUGUAUUCCAAAGGGAUUUCUGAACAACUCCUGAGUGCUCUAGUUCAUCCUGAUGGAAGUGCUAACACCUCUGACUUAUUUCCGAGAGAUCUUUUUCUUAGACUCUAGGUUAUUCAUUCCUUUUUGUGUGACAAAUACUGGUAGCCCCUCUCCUAGUGUCCAUUCAUCUUAUUAAUGCUUGAGCAGUGCUGGACUAAUCGGCCAGCCCCUACCAAAGCCCAUACUGGCUGUUCCACUCUGGGAUGAGAAUACUUUGGGUGGGUGUGGAUAAGCAUAUGGGCUAGUGGGCUCCCAAGUUCUUUCUCUGCAAUGGUGACCUUGAG